AUGCCACCCAAAAGAUCUACCCGCUCCGAGCAUCCAACUCUCGAAGCCAUUCCACCCAAGGUUCGGAAUAAACCACCAACAGCCAACAGGAAGUCACGCGCGUCUCCAGAGCCUGUCGAUAGUGCAGAUGAGAGAGCUCCCGAGAAAGAUAACGUGGCGCCUGCAAUGGGGAGGAAGCCCGGGGGAAAGAAGAAGAGGACCUCCGGUAAAAGGAAUCUUCCGAGGAUGGAGACGCAAGAGGUUAUUGUGCUCUCCAAUGGGCCGUUUCCAGCAUCACUACAGAGAAAUGCCGAGGAAUCUGAGACGGAGGAAGAAGAAGUAGAAGAAUCCCAGGUCUCUACUCGUAGAGCACACUCCCUAGGGGGUGGAGAAAUCGCUUCACGAAGCAAAUCUGAGGGAAGGAAAUCUCGCAGAGCGCAGUCUGUAGGAGAUGCACAGAGCAUACCCCGGACCCGGAGCAGGAGCAGAAACGUUCCAGAGAGCAGCGAUCAACCACUACCUUCAUCACCACCGAGAAUACCAUCCACCCCGGGAGGUGACCCAUUGCCGCCUUUGCUGUCUGCACAGGAAACCCAGGAGCAAGAGGAGAUGGAUGAGAUCCUCCGGGCUGCUGUAAAUUCUCCCGUCGAACCCCCAUCGAAAGGUUCUGAUUCUGCUUCACACGAUGAAGACUCGGAGCCCGAUGACUCCCUCAUAGACUCCUCGCCCGUACGUGAAGUUAGUCCAUUCCAUAUAGGAAAACACUUUCCCAAGAUCCGACAGAUGCGCCGCGAGCGCAAGUCCUACCUCGACUAUGACGACUCACCCACCCCCAAACCAGCUUCUGAUACCGAUACCAGCCCCUCCGGGGACGAUCAAGAAAUUGAUGACCUUACCCUUUUCACGCUCCGCACGAAGCAGUAUGAUCAAGCACUUGCCAAUGUGCGAAGCCGCAUGCAAGACCUCAGCGCCGCCUUUGCAGUCCUAAAGCCCCUCCAACACGUAGUCGCGGGCAAGGAUAAGGGCUACCUGAAUUUGCUGAGUGAUCUGACACAUGUCAUAAUCAAUAAUGAUGCCCCACAGUUAUCCAAAGAGGAGAAAUUCCAACUGGGGGUAUUCGAUGAGGCAAUGUUGAGGCUGGCGUAUUUCGAGCAGGAGACCAAGGACUUCGAGCUUAUUUUUAAUAGGUUCCUGAAACACAACAACACGCAGAGGAAGAAUAUCGAGAAAUGCCGUGCGGGCAUUAGGAAGACAAUGAAGAAGCGUGGAUAUAAGAAUAUGGCGUGGUUGGUGACAGAGCAAGGAGAAGAGGAAGAAAACGAUGAAAAGAGAAAGGCAUCACAGAGAAGGGUAAAGAGCGUCUUGGCCGACUUAGAGGGGAGCGGUUAUGGAUAUAACACACCUGAAAGCGCGGACGAACGAGGAAGAAAGAGGCGAAAGACCGGAGAGGAUGGAUACGAAGAGGAAGGAAGGCCGGAGAGCCGCAUACAGAAAAAGAGAAGGAUUGAACUUGUAGAGAGGGUAAGACGAUUGGACGAUAGCCUUCAUACGGAUCGAGAUGAAAGGCGGAGAAAAAAAGAAGCAGAAAACGAAACAGGAGAGGGGACGCGGGAGACUGUUAUCAUACGAGACGAUGACGAUGAAGAUGAGCAAGAGGUCGUAAAUGAUCAUAGGGGAGGGGGAGUAGAAGAGGGGGUCGAGGGAGACAAGACGCAUUACCAUGAAGAGCAAACGGGAGAAGGGGAUGGUGUAGAGGAACAGGUAGAUGAAAAUGAGGAAGAAAUGCAAGAGGCUCAGGAGGAAGAAUCUGAUGUGGAAGAAGUCCUCCCCAUCAUCAUCGACGAAGAUGACGUAGAAAUCGUCCGUGUUGAAGGAUUUGGAGAGCGACAGAAAAAAGCAAGGGAACGAGAAGAGAGAUUAGAAAAAGACGAGGGAGAAGUGGAGGUAUUAGAAGACCACGAUUGGGAAGACUCAGAAACCUUUGCCCUACUCGACGGCAUCUCGAGAUUUCACGGGGGCGCAAUUGAAACUCGCUUCUCCAGAAUAAAAAAUAGAUACCGCGCAGAGUUAGAGAAUCGCAGUGUGGAGGCAAUUAUAGAAAGGGCUAGAGAGCUCAAGAAGGAAAUUGUUGACUCGGGUGAAGAGCAUAUAUUGGGGGGGUUCUGGGACGGCAUUUGA